GAAGAAAUAAACACCUCUUUCCCUGUUCUAUUUCCCCAACUCUAUGGGUUUUUUUGAAGCCAUCACAACCCCAAAGUCUUAUUUAUACACACGAGUUCUCACUGACACUGCUUAGCUGUGUUCCGGCUAUGAGUACGAGCAGCUGCAGAUACGAGCAUGAACUGGAAGGUGGACGAUGCGCGCAGGCACAAUAAGCAGAUGUCCUUCCCUUUCCAACAUAAAAACCCCCAGUGCCGGUGUCUUUCAGUCAGUAAUACUCUGCUCAAUAUCACAUAUUACCACCUACAAUGACCACAAAUCCAAAGCCCGGGAGAAAGUCUGUGCCAGUCACGUUAGAACGGCCUCCGCUCUAUCAAGGCCAUGGGUCCUACACCCAAGAACCGAGGUCUUCGGGAGAUAUGGAGUUUGUCCUACCACGAUCAGCCACCAAAUCGACUUUGAACACCGUUGAUACCAUGAAAGUCAACUCGGCUGCUCUGCCCCAACCUUUCCUUUCUCCAGACAUUAUCAUGAAAUGGGCAAAGAGCAAACCAUAAACAUAUCAAUGAGAGAGCUAUCCUGCCAAACAGGACAGACUGUGGGCCAAAAAAAAAAAAAAAAAAAAAAAAGAA